GCGACCUUUCGUCCUUCGGCCAUGGCGACUGAAGUGAUAGGCAGAGGAGAUCGAUUCCAGAAGGUCUUCGACAAGCUUGAAGCCCAAAAAACUGUCAUCACCACCUGCACUGAGCUAUGGAAAACCCUUUCGAAGCAUUUUUCCUCCUUAGAGGAAUCUCUUCUCGAGAAGUCCAAAACCCUAGAUUUGAAAAUCGAGACCUUAGAAUCGGAGACCAAGAAAACCCUAGAAGCCUUAGAAGAGAGGGAGAAUUCGAUUCCAGAACGCGAAUCUGCUGCCAUUGCCCUUGUCGAGGAGCAGAAAACAGCUGCGCUGUUGGAAUUCGAGAAGACGGUAUCUGGGACUCCCGAAUUGAUUGAAGCUCUCAAGUCAUAUUGCCGAAAGAUGGACUUCACGGGAUUGUUAAGGUUCAUUGUAUCAAAACGGAAGGAAUCUGUGUCUUUGAGGACGGAAAUUUCUCAGGCGAUUGUAGAAUCGGUGGAUCCGCCACGUUUGGUUUUGGACGCCAUAGAGGAUUUUAUUUGUCAAAAGUCUGCGAAGGCUAGGGUUCCUGACCGUCGUUGGGCGUGUGGAAUGCUACUUCAGGCACUAUUCCCGUCAAUCGAGUCUGGUGGGAAAGCACCGCCUGUUUCUGCAAGCAUUGCUGAAAGAGCUGCCGUAGUUGCGGAGGCAUGGAAGUUGAAGAUGGACGAUAAGGACGGGGGUGGUAUGGGGCCUGCGGAGGCCUCAAUGUUUCUGCAGAUGGUUGUUGGGUUUGGAUUACAGUCGAAAUUGGACGAAGAAUUCCUUAGGAAAUUGGUGUUGGGGUUCCCAUCAAGGAGGGAUAUGCCGAAGCUUGCUCCUCAAUUAGGAUUCGGAGAGAAAAUGAAAGACAUAAUCGAUGAAUUGGUGAAGAAUGGCAAGGAGAUUGAGGCUGUAUAUUUCGCUUCUGAGUCUGGUCUGACUGAACAGUUUCCUCCUCUCUCUCUGGUGAGGUCAUAUCUCAAAAACUCGAGGAGAAAUGCCACCAUGAUAUUGAAGAAUGGCCAUAACAAUGUGGCUGCAACGGAGGAGGCUGGUGCCUUGGAGUUGAAUUCAAUCAAAGCUAUCAUCAAAUGUGUUGAAGACCAUAACCUUGAAUCAGAGUUCACACUUGACACCCUGAGGAAGCGUGUCCCUCAGUUGGAGAAAGCCAAGGUGGACAGAAGGAAGAGUGCUGCAGCAGCCAGUAAACCUCAUCAAAACAAACGAGCCCGAGGAGGUUUCUCUGGCAGUGGUCCACCUCCCUUCCGCCCAGCUAAAGCAGGUAGGUUUUCCAAUGCCUACUCAUUUGGCCGUAGGGGUGCUGGUCCUGCUCAUCAAAACACAGCUCCAAGGUUUUCUGGGCCAUACAGUUAUCCAAGUCAGAAUGCCUACGAGGGCCCUGCUCCCAUUUCUUAUGCAUCUCCAUAUGGUGGAACACCUCACUCGCAAAGCAAUGCUGCAAUGCCCCAACAGUACUCAUUCCCAACUGAAGACAUGGGGGUUGGUGGGUCCCGAGCUAGUGGUUCAUAUGCCGGGCAGACUGGCUAUAAUGCGUAUGAUUAUGCAACUGCUGCUCCACCCAAUUACCAGCCUUCAUAUCCACAGUAACU